UCGAUAAUCAUCAAUACAUGAAAACAACUCGUAUGAAAAGCGAUAGAACAUGCAAAAUGGCGUUUUACUGAGAAAUUCGUGUGUUCGUAUGUUCCUUGCAGAUCAUUGAUCGUGUUCGUUGCAAUUAUUUGGAUAAUUGGAAUCACUGUGCGUAGUUAUUUUAUGAUUUAUCCAUAAAUUAUUUACUAAACUUCAUUAUGGGUACAUCUGAUUUGGAGGAUCCUGAAUGUAAACGAGAACCCUUAGGAUUAGAUUCUGAUGCUGAUGGUGUGAUUGAUCAAAAAAAGAAAAAAAAGAGAAAACAUAAACAUCACAAACAUAAGAAGGAAAAAUUAAUUGAAAAAGAUGAUGAACGAUCAGAUAAGCAAGAGAGACGGAAACACAAGAAACACAAGAAACCAAAAAGAGAUCGAAAUGUGGAAAAUGGUACUGUGGAAGAAAAACCAAUUUCCAACGUAGUACAUAAAGAAAUUGGUAUGAAUGGAAAAACGAAAACUUCUGUAUUAGAAGUUAUUUCUACAGAAGAAAGUGAAGACGAGAAAUUAGUUGAUCUUGAUUCAGAUGAAGUAGAUUGCACGAUUAUAGAAGAUGAUAUUGAUCUUGAAGAAUUAAUGAAACAAAAGGAACGAUUGCAAGCGUGUUUAGUACAAUAUCUCUCGGAUGAAUCCGAAAAGGGUGAAGAUAAGGAAUUACAAGAAGAGGAAGAAGAAGGCGAAGAAGAAGAGGAAGAAACAAAAUCAGCGGCAGAAACACCCGAUGUGAUACUUGUGGAAGAUGAUAGCGAUGCCGAUGUACCACCGAAGAAACGAGGUAGAAGCAAAUCAGAUAGUAAAGAACGUAAGAAAGUGAUAAAAACUGAAAGACGUGUUAUAGUUGAUAUUACUAAAGACAGAAAAGUUCGUGAACAACUUAAAGAUAAAAGAAGAGAUUUUGAUAGGAAAAGAGACGAGAAAAUCUGUCUUAGAGAGGAAGGAAAAAGAGAAGAGACUCGAAGAAAUGACAGAUCUUCACGAAAAGUUAAUGAAAGACAGAAAGGAGAUACAAAAAAAGACGAAUCCAAUAGAAAAGUAGAUGAUGAUCAGCAGAGACGUAAAGAUCUAUUAAGAAGAGACGAGACACGCAGAAGAGAAUUAGAUAGACGAGAAGAAAACCGAAAACGAGAGCCAUCUACGCGUUAUAAUUCAAAAACUCAUAACAACGAGACAAAAAGUUUAGAUAGCAAGAGUCGCGACAGAAUGGGAAGUCGCGAACGUCAAGACAGUCGAGAUCGUCACAUCAGUUAUGAUCGACGUAGUCGUGAUAGAUUGUCUAGCAGAGAGCCUCGUCGUCAUGCUAGUCGUGACAAAAGGGAUAGUAAGAGCAAAGAUCGACAUGGAAAUAGAGAUCGAGACAAGCAACCUGACGGUAGUCGCGAUCGGCGAGACAUUCGGUAUCACGACCAUCGAAUCGAAGAUCGGUCUCGUAGUACUGCGAGAAGAUCACGUAGUCUUACUCGAACCAGAUCGGAAAGAGAACGAAACGAUCGGUAUAAAAGAUCUAGGUCUCCUCGAAAUCACAAAGAUCGAGACAAGCAACAAACCAGAGAUCAUAUUAGGGAUCGCGAGAAAGAUAGAGAAAGACAUAACAAGCGAGAACGUAAUGAUAAAUAUAAGGAUUCUUUAUCGGAAGGUCUGAAAGUGGAAUAUUCGGAUAGCUCGAGCGAAGAAGACAUUAAAGAUAUUGAUAUUGAAGAAGAAGAGGAUGAAGAGGCUAUUAUAGAACGUCAACGAAAACAAAGAGAAGAAUUGCUCAAAAGACUAAGUGGACCAAAUGAAGAUUCCAAUAUGUCUGCCGACAUCAUUGUUGCUGGUUCUCCAGAAAGCCAGUCUAAUGUAUCACAAAAAUCUGUAGAAAUACCAUCCAAUAACAAUGAAUCCGUUUUGGAAAGCCACACUCCACCACUGCCCACAGAAAAAUUAGAGUCUCCGCCACCAGCCAAAAAAAGAAAAUCUAGAUUUGAAGAUGCGCUAUCUAAUGAACCUGACAAAACUGGGAACAUCAAGACAUCUGAAAGGUUUAAACAAGAAGAAAAGCAAAUUUCAAAAAAGUCAAACGAAUGGGAUAUGUUUGCGGAAGCAGAUAAUAUUGGAGAUUUUAAUAGUCCUACGCUAGAAGGAAAGCGUCAAGGAGGACCAGACAAUCCCAGUUUGACAGAUAAUUGGGACGACGCCGAAGGAUAUUAUCGAGUACGCGUUGGAGAAACACUAGAUGCGCGAUACGUAGUCUAUGGAUAUACAGGACAAGGAGUAUUUAGUAACGUGGUAAGAGCGAGAGACAGCGCUAGAGGAAAUUUGGAUGUAGCUGUAAAGAUUAUAAGGAACAAUGAAAUAAUGCAUAGAACUGGUUUGAAGGAGUUAGAAAUUCUUAGAAAGCUGAAUGACGCUGAUCCGGAGGAUAGAUUUCACUGCUUGCGUCUAUUUAGACAUUUCUUCCACAAAAAUCAUUUAUGUAUGGUUUUCGAACCUUUAGCCAUGAAUUUAAGAGAGGUUUUAAAGAAGUAUGGCAAAGACGUUGGUUUACACGUUAAAGCGGUAAGAUCGUAUACGCAGCAACUUUUUCUAGCACUAAAAUUAUUAAAACGUGCGAAUAUUCUGCAUGCUGACAUCAAACCGGAUAAUAUUCUAGUCAGUGAAAGCAAAUUAGUGUUGAAACUCUGUGAUUUUGGCUCCGCUUCGCACGCUCACGAAAAUGAACCAACACCAUAUUUAGUUUCGAGAUUUUACCGUGCACCCGAAAUUAUUCUUGGUAUACCAUAUGAUUUUGGCCUUGACAUGUGGUCCGUGGGAUGUACCAUAUACGAACUAUACACAGGAAAAAUAAUGUUCUCGGGGAAAACAAACAAUCAAAUGUUAAAGUACUUCAUGGAUUUAAAGGGCAAAAUGCCAAAUAAACUAAUUAGGAAAGGCUCGUUCAAAGAUCAGCAUUUUGAUAGCAACUGCAAUUUUCUGUAUCACGAGGUGGAUAAAGUUACAGAACGGGAGAAAGUCGUCGUAAUGUCAACGUUACCAGCAACUCGCGAUCUUAGCGCUGAACUCGGUGGAAAUUCUUUACCACCGGAACAAAAUCGCAAAGUUGGACAACUAAAAGAUUUAUUGGAACGAACAUUAAUGUUGGACGCAGGGAAGAGAAUUACUGUGAAUCAUGCUCUGGCGCAUCCCUUUAUACAAGAAAAAAUAUAGAUGUGUCUUCGAUUCAAAUCAUCGUUAAGUGCGGCCGGACCUUUCAAGGGCCCUUAGCGCCGAUCCCGUUACAAGGUAUUCAUGGGGGAUUGCCUGGGAUACUUAUCCAUUUUUCAAUACAAUUUAACGAUGAGAUCAUAAGCCGAAAAUAGUCUGAGUUUUAAAAAUGCUCUAUUUAAUGAACUUUUCAUGACAGUAUAGGAGUUUUAUUCGAGACAAAAUAUAAUGGAAUUUUUAUUGCGCAAGUUUCUUAAAUCUUUUAAUCUUUAUAAAGUCAAUAAAUAUUUGAAUAUUUGAAAGAUUGAGUAAAAUGUCACAAAUCAAUACUAACACGCGGUACAUACGUGUUUUAGUAUUUUUGUUUUUAAUGAAAGGAAGAAAAAGUGUAAAUCAAACUGACAUAAACACAAAACAGGAAAAAAUAUAUGUUUCUUGUGAAAACAUUUUAAUACAGAAGUAAAAAUAUACUAUGAAACUACGAUCAGAAAGAGUAUAUGUAUCGUUCUAAUUGGCAAUUUGGUAAUGUUUCACUUGUAGCCCUCCUGUGAGGAGGGGAGACAAUGGAAGAAGUGAUGAAAACAGUUGAUGAGGAAGAAAGGAAAAAUGCGAUGUACUUACGUCUACGUCAUGUCUACUGCAUAAAAAUGCACUAUCGCUAAACGGUUCAACAAAGGUUUAUUCAACGAAUUAACUAGAUUUAUAUCGACGUGCUAAGAUUUCUCUUAAAAUUACAUGAGAUUACAAUCGAGGACUCGUAAGUAUGUAUACAGGUAAAGUACAUUUUGUGAAAAUUUCAAGUGACAAAAGAAAUAUAAAUGAUACACUUAUAUAUUUUACAUUAAAAAUUAUUUUAAUUGGAAACUAAUCAACAAACUGUUCAACUAUGAAAGUAUUAAAUUUUUACUAUUUAUUAUAUUAAUAUUUGCGAUUUUUUUUGAGUUUUCAGAUGUUUAAAAUCCACGCUCUAUGAAAAUGAAAAAGCAGAUGCAAUAAAUAUAUUAUUUUUCAAAUACUA